UUUUUAUUUACCAGGUUCAACGACCUACCAAUGGCAGAGCAAAGUAAAUUCGAAGUCACCACUCGCACGGUCAACUCUCUCCACACGCAAGCCAAACACUAUUUCGCCAAACAGAAAUUCAACAAAUCUAUAAAAAACUAUCAGCAAUCUAUGACAGUGCUUAAUAUGUCACUGCCAAAAGACAAGAACGAAGAGAACGAAAUUAAAAUGUUACGCAUCAAAACAUACGUCAAUCUAGCUGUGUGUUAUUAUAAAAUAAAUAAACCAAAGCAUGUUAUUAACAUGUGUGAGAAUCUCGAUUAUAUUACGGAUAUAAAUAAACACUGUAAGGCAUUGUUCUAUUAUGGUCGCGCGUACGAAAUGUUAGGUAAAACCGAGGACGCAAUUAAAUAUUACAAAAUGGCGAAACGUCUCGAGCCGAAGAAUUGCGAGAUUGGCAAGGCGCUCGCCGAUAUGGAUCGUUAUAUCAAAAAAUCCGCGGCAACCGAGAAAGACUUGUGGCAGAAGGCCUUCAAGUUGGAGCCGCAGACGAAAAUAAGCAACUAUAACGUUGACGCAGAGUUUCAGGUGGCAGCUCGUGAGAUGUGUCAAUAUUUUGCGGACAGCGAAGAGUAUAUGAAGCACAAUUUGCCGGAGAGCAUUUCGUCUGAUGGGGUUGGCUUUAUUCGGGAUUUGUGCGCUGAGUUCGAAGGUGUGGUACUCCAGGAGAAUGGUGAAGGUAAGAAGAAAACGUUUUCGAUUAUAAAACAGGGGCCUGUGGUUGAUUAGUUUUUAAUUUAGUAUUAACCAAGGCUUGGAAAGCGAAAAGUAGAAUAUUUUAACAGUUAACGUUCAAGUAUAUAGAAUCAUUUUUGAUUGGUGUAUUUUGUAUCGUGUACGACACCGAUUAAAAAAAUUUGGUUUAUUUUUUAAAAACUUUUAGCUGAUUUGAAUGUAUUUGUAUAAUAUUUCAAUUCGUUUUUGAUAAAAAUAUUUCAGGGAAAACGCUGGGAAAAGUUCUUUGUUACGUCAUUGCACAACAAAUCUGUCACAGUUACUGUCAGUUUUCUAAUAAGUCAUCUCUAAGGUAACUUAUUAUGUUUUAGUUUCACACAACGUUUGUUUUGCAAUAAAAUUUAAAUACCUCGCGCCCGCUCAUUGUAUGAAUUAUCAUUGACUGAAUCAUUUGCUAUGCGAAUAUAUAGGUAUUUCUAUGUCAAAAAAUAUAGUUUUCGGAUAAGUAAUGACUGGUCGUAUGGUAUAAGGUCCUUCAUAAUAUACAAAUUAUAAACGUUUUGAUGUGCAAUUGAUAGACAUGUUUCUGUUCAAACGAUAAACGACAGCAAGACAAUAACAAGGCGGGGGAAACGUAUAGGCAAAACGCUAAUUCCCAAUUUAACAUGCGAAUUAGAAUUUCCGUCUUUUUAUAUUAAACAUCUGUUGUUGAAUGUAAAUGUAUACGUUAUCGAGUGAGGUAUUUGUACUUUUAAUACUCAGGCUUAAUUAGAUUUCUUUGAUACAUCUUUGGAUUGAUUUUCUAUCGAGAAACUGAAAAUGCAUCAUGUUUCUUAAUUUUAUGAUGAAAACUUUAAAGAGUGAUUAUUCGGUAUUCACUAUAUUAUCUCUUAAUAACAUAAAAAAACCCCUAGCGAACACAUUUAUUUCAUAAUUUCGGACUCAGCGUUGCCUAUAUUAAAGCAAAGAUUUACUAAAUAUUCGUAGAGGUCGAGCUUAAGACGAAAUAUUUUGAACCACUUUAUAAUUAAGUAUUUUUACUAACAUAAGUAGGUAAGUAGGUACUCAGUAAGAACCUAGCAUUUAUUAUUGUAAGUUUUAAAUUUUUAUGUAAUUUAUUUUAAUUUAUUUUAUGUAAGUUAUCAAGAGACGAGCGAAGGAUAAUAAUAAUAAACAAACAAAGUUAAGACCACUCUGGUGGGUUAACCAGAUCAAUAAAUUUACUAAAAUUAAAAAGUUUACGUGUGCUCUUGUGAAUAAUAGGCGAAUGGAGAAAUAUAGAGUUAAUGUGACAUAUAUAUAUAUAUAUAUAAUAUUGACACACUUUUUACACAAAUUAUCUUGCCCCAAAUUAGUCAUAUAUAGCCUGUUUUAUGGGUUGCAAGACAACGAUAUUUAAUACAAUAUACUUACUUAAACAUACAUAAAUACAUAUAAACAUCCAUGAUUCGGCAACAAACAUCCAUCCAUUCAUCAUAUAAAUGCUUGCACCUACCGGGAUUCGAACCCGGGACCUCUAGCUUAGUAGGUAGGAUCGCUAACCACUCGGCUAUACAGGUCGUCAUAUUUAUCCCAAUGAAAUGUAUGAUAUGUUAUUUAAAAUAAUUAAAACAGAGUUUGCUUCUAUAUUUACUUCAAAGACAGUCAAAUCAGGUGGUCUCCUGUCAUUUAAUGACUGGGCAACAGCUGGCAUUCAUAGGAGCAGACAAAGGCUAUAUGAACUAUAUAGUGAGAGAUCAUUAUAUAAUCAUGAUACAUCUUUUCUCGAGUAUGUUGAAAAUACUCUAAAUUAUUUAAAAGUGUUUGUUCUAUUUCAAAAUCUAUGCAUAUCAGACAGAUAAUUAAAAAUGCACCGAAUGAAAUACAGAUGACUUUGAAUGUGAUUAACUGGGAAUCUGGAAGAGUGAUAGACCGCAACAUUGAAUACAAUUUAUCAAUUAACAAUACUAUAAUUCAAUCUCAGCAGGAAGUUCUCCAUUCUUCUCAGGUUGGAGGCAUUCAUUUUGGAAUGGGUGGUAGUUUUUGACUUUCAAUAAGUGAUGUCACAUCCUAUUUUGAAUUUGGAUCACUUGAUUGUCAGUUAUCAAAUAACAAUGAUAUUCAGACAUUCAGUCACAACCUGAGUGUUGAACAACAAGAUUUAUGAACCGGCUCGGAAGGAACCCGAGAGGUUGCGAGUUUGAGACCCACAUCGUUCAUAAAUUUUCGUUACAAAUUUAAUUUAAUUAAUCCCAGAAGUGAUGGUUCAUUUAAUGUCGCAAAAGUUUCUCCACGCUGUAGUCAAAAUAAAUAAAAAAUAUCUAUAGUUUAGAAAAUUACUUAGUGUCUUUAAUUGAUUAGGUUACAGAAUCCUUAUAAUUACAAGAUAGUAUGCGCCGCAAAGACCAAGCAUCAGGCGACCCGUAGGCAGAGGUGUGUCAUUGAAGGUUUUUAAAUUAAUUUAACUGUUUUUUGUCAAUGGUCAACAGGUUGAAAAAACUGUUAAAUCGUCAACGGGUUUUAAAAAUCGGUUAAUGCAUUUAUUAAUAAUUUAGGUUUUUAUUAGGUUCAUACUUCACAUUAUAUUAAUAACAUUGCUAAAUCUAUUUUUAACGUAGUACCUAUUUCGUCAAUAUAAUAUCAAGUCAACGUUUUCGUUCGCAAAUUCGUCAACUGUUUUGAAUUAAGCUGUUUUAGUGAGGCAUUCAAUGUCUUCAUUUAUUGCGAGUUACGGGCGAAGACGUUGUUUGAAUUUAUUAGCUUAUUAUGAUCUACAGGUUUUUUCGUUGAAGUAAAACAGUUAAUUCGUUAACGAAUAUAAAACUGUUUAUAAAGACAGUUUAUUGAUUUAACGACCACCUCUACCCGUAGGUAAACUGUCAGUACUCAUUAGUGGUCAUUUUCCAUAGAAACAUAUUGUGAAGAAACCAUUACUCAAUCUCUCAUAAAGUCCUCAGUGGAAACUUCUCAUCGAGCGUGCUUCAACUAACGCCAUCUAGUAUAAUUAAUAACUAUAUCAUUAGAUGUUUAUGCAUAACUUACGUGUCAAAUAUGCAGGCCAAAAUAAUAAAACUCGAUAAAAAUUAAAAAAAUUUAAUUGUGCGAAGUUCUACAGCGCUAAUAGAUAAAAAUAAUAUUAAUAUUCGAAUAGUACAAGCAAACUUAACUUAUAAUAUAAUGUUAAAGUGCUUAAAUUAAAAAACAUUUUCACCGAGAAUUGAUAAGUAUUAUGAACGCCUGUCGCUUCAUUAUCGCAAUCUGUACGAAGCGGCGUCGCUCAUCGAGUUAAUGGUACGCGCCACGCAGGUGUUGUCAAACGCAACUUGUGUUUUUAUCGAUUCUUUGCGAAAGUUUGACAAUAUGAUAUUUAUUUUCUAGUAUUAUGAAAGGUUAAUUAUUUGUUGCAUGUUAAUACUAAAAUAUAAUAUAAACAUUAGUAAGUAAACCUAAUUCCAGUCUUGGAAGUGUUGUUUGAACGCAGUAGGUUCGAUUCCCUCCACUACCUUCGAUAUGUGUACCUGAAAUUGGGAUAUAAAAAUGAAUGAAUUCUUUUUGAUUAAAAUUGACACAAUGAUAUUAACUUUAUUGUCGCGAGUAGCGAGCUAAAACGUUAAUUUUUUUUGUUAUAGCGAAACCUAAUGCAACAAAUCAAAUAUUAUUGUAUUAAUAUGUAGAGGAGGACAGGGUGUAGUUUUCUAUGAAAGGCGCUGUCUGGCCCUGGCUUAGUGAAUUUGCGAGAAACUGUCAUAACCAUAAUGUUAACAACAGGAACAGACAUAAGCUUAUAAUGCCUACUAUUCGGCUAAGUCGAGUUAGCAAGUCUUUUGCGGGGCGAUGUAUAUGCUUUUACAACAGGAUCCCAGAAAAUGUUCAAAACAAAAGUAUUACGUUGCUCAAAAGAAUUUUUAAAAAACGUUUGUGUGGUAAAGGUUACUAUAACAUAAAUGACUUUCUUAAUGAUACCACAGAUUGGGAAUGGAGUGAUCGCCCUCAGUCUAUUAAAUAAUAAGUUUAAUUGUACAAUGUUACUUUAAUUGUAAAACAUAUUAAAAAAAAGCCCGCUGAGUUUGUUGCGCCCAUUCUUCUCAGUCCUGAGGCAUUCAUUUUGGAAUGGGUGGUAGUUUUUUUGACUUUCAAUAAGUGAUGUCACAUCCUAUUUUGAAUAAAAAUAUUUGAAUUUGAAUUAGACACACUUCCACUACAACUAUUGACGAGGUACGUUCACUAACUACACUACCUCAGGUCGUUGCUCUGCCGGCAGUGUUAUUAUUCUUAGAAGGUGAAUUUAACUGGUAACUUUUCUUCUUCUUAAUUUUUUCAGUUAAUUCUUUAGAUGCUAGUUUGUUUGUUAAAUUUUAGUAGUUGAUAUUUAAAUUUUUUAUAAAAGAACCCCGUUUAGGGUAGAUAUUGAUAGCCUGAAUUCGAAUCCCGGUAGCUGCAAACAUUUAAACGAUAAAUAUGGAUGUUUGCUUCCGAGUCAUGGAUGUUUAUAUUGUGUUAUAUAAAGUGAAAAGUGAAGUUAGGAGCGGGUGUCGGAGAGGUGGCGCUACUGUAGCGGUGUGAAGUGUGAGGCGAGGCGAGGAGAGGUGUGGCGAAGGGUAUAUAAUGUCUUGCUCGGAAUUAAAUUAAUUAUUCUGCAGUGUUAAAGUGUUUUUAAAUAAUAACGAGAGUACCUAUAUAUUUAGAGGUAAAAAAUGAUUAGUAGUGUAAUUGUAAAAUAUGUAAAAUAGUGGGUUGUGAUAGAAUACUAUUUUAAUCUCCCUGACUACUUUACAACUAAGUAUAUCGUUGUCUUGCACCCAUAGUACAAGCUAUUUCUGUUUUGUACAUAUCAAUCAUCCCAUAACUGUAUGUUACAUGUACAACUUCACACAUCAACAUAGAUGAAAAAAAUUAUGGAGGCUUAGCUAAAUAUGCCCACAUAAAUAUACAUACUUUUAUAGUUGGUUUGCAUAGAUUAAGUUCCGCUAUAUGGAAAUAAAUAACUUAGCUCCACUAAUCUAAUCUGUUCUUAAAUGCCUACAGUACCUCAAAAGAAUUUGGCAAGAUAGUAAUUUAUGUCAAUCACUGGGGAUUUUUUUUAAAUUGCAUGUUUCAUGUUAUAUUCUUAUAAAAAAGCCAAAUCCUCAUGAAACAAUUAAAUAUACUUAGGAAAUUGUAGCUGACAAAAUAAAUGCUUUGUCACAUCUUUAUCUUCAAUAUGAGACCAAACUAUCAUUACUGACUAUAAUAAAAUAGGUAUGACUAGUUUGUGGCAGGAUAAUUUGUGAAAUCGUGUAAAUAUUAUCUAAAUAUAGCCGUAUCAUCUUAUACCACUACACCUUACAGACAGUUUCUUUAGGUCAGUUGUUAUGCAGUUAUUGUCUUUUUUAAUGUCUCUUACCCAGUUGGGAUAGUUGUUAGCCUCCAAGUAGUGUUGGGCCUUCUUCAUAGCUUCAGACUUUUCCUGAAAAGGAAAAUAUGUAAUUAAAAAUCUCCUUCUCAUGUCCAACCUACUUCAGUUGGUGCUGGGGCUGCUGUUACAACUGCCGAAGACUUUGGUUCUUGUUGUCUGAAUUAAAUCUUCUAAAAAUAUAACUCACCUUUCCAUUUGACUGUUUUCCAAUCCAAACGUAAAUACUGCUUCCUGUGUCCAGAAUGUAGCAUUCCUGAAAAUAAGUUGCGUGUAAUAAUAUUAAUUUUGAUUUAACAAAUCGGUCAAUAGUUCUUUUGUAUUUUUCCAUAACAUCUAGCAAGAUAAAUAGAACACAAAUUAAAUUAACAAACAAAAUUAAUGAAUUUUUUUAUUAUUUAUUUAUUCGGAAAAAAAACUGCAUACAAUAAAUUUCAAUUUUAUUAUUGGAUUUUUUACAAUUUAUUAUUGGAUUUUAUUACUUUUUUUUUAAAUAAAUACUCAUGUGUUUAAUUUCGUCUACUUUUUACAUGAGCCAAUUUAGUUUUCACAGAUUACAUGAUUUAUUAAAUUUUGCGGGUAUAUUAAUUACUAAUAUUUAUUGAGUUAUUAUUAAGUACACACCAAAACAAAAACUAAAAAUAAAUAAUAUUUCACAAAUGCACAGAUACCCUAAUGUAUAAAAAUUUCACCUAUAUUUAAUAAAUUUGAUUUAAAUUUACUGAUAUUAUGCCAAAAGUGGUCUAAAUCUCCAUACUUUCUAUUGUAUAAUUCACAAGCUCUUAUUGAAAAUCUGUUACUACCAUAUCUAGUAUUAACUUUUGGCAGAGCAAAAGCUUUUAUUUUACGCGUAAACAAUCUGGUUACAUAGUAUGUAAUUUGCUUGAUAUGUACGGUGAAUUAAUUAAACCGUUUACAAUUUUAUACAGAAAUAUUAGAACUUUUUGUUCCCUUCGGAGUUCCAGGGAAACUAAUUUACUGGCAUUAAAUGAACUAAAUCUCUUAUUUAAACAUUUUAAAAACUUUUGCUGAAUGUUUUCUAACAUGUCUACGUCUACGUGUUUGUAUUUUUGCAGCAUAUGCAUGUGAUCUAUCGUCGAAAAAUUGUUUCGGAAAUCAGCUCGUUCUUUUGGCUAAUUUUCGUCAAGUGUAGUUGAGAUGCGAAUUAAUAUAAUUUUUUAAUUUUCUUUAUAUAUAUUCGACAAAUAAUCGCUUUUGUCUCCUUUUUUAUUGAGUAAUUCAUUUGUGAAUUGAUCAGAGCGUUGCGUCCUUCAUGCGUUCUGUGAAUUAAUUACUUUGAUUGUUUCUUUCUUUAGUAUUUAGUUACAGACUUUCGGGGUUUUUGAUUUGCUUUCACUUGAAAUGUCUGAAGGGUAUAUCCUUUGAUACAUAUUUAUAUAGUUUCCAUUAUACAAUAAUUAUAUAUUACUGUUAAUGUAUAAUUUAUCACCAAUAGUGGAUUCGUCAUUUGAUGGCGUACCGGCAAAAUCAUGAACAUUCUAGAACGCGUUACAACUUUUGGUUUAGUAUUAUGGGAACUCAUAUAAAUAUUGUUGUGUUUUAUAAAAACCGCUAUAUGAUUAUUAUACUUAUGAAUAAGGUUUACGAUAAAUAUAUGGAGAUACGCCACUGCGAA